CAAGAGAAAACAUUAAUGUCAAAUGCCGUCACUCUGUCGACGUCUAUUCACAUAAAAAUAUUGGACAUUUCAAGUAAAAUAAUCAAUUUUAAAUUGUGAAUACAGUGAAUUUGUGAGAAAAAAAUAUUAUUCGAGCGGUCGUCACACGGACUUUGCUGUCGGUAAGCACCAACUUCUAAACUUAACACACACUAUACAAAUAAUUGACGUCGAUCAGUGAAGCAAUUUCGAGGGUGUGAUCGUUACAGACAGUCUGACACAACAUGAGCACGCGGAGUUUAUGACGUAAUUGUCCCAUCUCCCAGCCGCCGCGCCCGACACUGAGCGAGUGAAGCCGUGCGCCGCCGUGGACAAGAAGCGCGCGCGAUAUAUGGACUGCGCCCGCGCUCUCUGUACACACAUUUACGAAAAGUAGGGGUGGUCGAUGCCCCACGCGGCGCUCCCAGCCUCCGCCAUGUCGGCCCCGCCGCGCCACCCUCACUUCUACACCGUCGAGGUCGGCGACACGCGCUUCACCAUACUCAAGCGCUACCAGAACUUGAAGCCCAUCGGAUCCGGAGCACAGGGAAUAGUAUGCGCCGCGUACGACACGGUGACGCAACAGAAUGUCGCCAUCAAGAAGUUGUCGCGGCCCUUCCAAAACGUCACGCACGCCAAGCGCGCGUAUCGCGAGUUCAAACUUAUGAAACUCGUCAAUCAUAAAAAUAUAAUCGGUCUUCUAAACGCGUUCACGCCACAGAAGAGCCUGGAGGAGUUCCAGGACGUGUACCUGGUGAUGGAGCUGAUGGACGCGAACCUGUGCCAGGUGAUACAGAUGGACCUCGACCACGAGCGCAUGAGCUACCUGCUGUACCAGAUGCUGUGCGGCAUCAAGCAUCUGCAUCUUGCUGGGAUUAUACAUCGGGACCUGAAGCCGUCCAACAUAGUGGUGAAGAGCGACUGCACGCUGAAGAUCCUGGACUUCGGGCUGGCGCGCACGGCCGGCACCACCUUCAUGAUGACGCCCUACGUCGUCACGCGGUACUACCGGGCGCCUGAGGUGAUCCUGGGCAUGGGAUACACGGAGAACGUGGACAUCUGGUCUGUGGGCUGCAUCAUGGGCGAGAUGAUCCGCGGCGGCGUGCUCUUCCCCGGGACAGACCACAUCGACCAGUGGAACAAGAUUAUUGAGCAACUAGGCACUCCGUCGGCCGCGUUCAUGGCGCGGCUGCAGCCCACCGUGCGCAACUACGUGGAGAACCGGCCGCGCUACACCGGCUACAGCUUCGAGCGCCUGUUCCCCGACAUCCUGUUCCCGUCCGACAGCUCCGAGCACAACCGCCUCAAGGCGUCGCAGGCGCGGGACCUGCUGUCGCGCAUGCUGGUCAUCGACCCCGAGCGCCGCAUCUCCGUCGACGACGCGCUGCUGCACCCCUACAUCAACGUGUGGUACGACGAGGGCGAGGUCAACGCGCCGGCGCCGGCGUCAUACGACCACUCUGUGGACGAGCGCGAGCACACGGUGGAGCAGUGGAAGCAGCUCAUCUACCAGGAGGUGGUGGAGUACGCAGCACCACCACCACCGCCGCCGCACCACCCGCCGCCCGACCACGCGCAGCCCGCCCUCACCACAUAGGCAACAGCAGAGCUGACCGGCGAGAUAUGAAGCGGCCGCGGUCCGCGCGGACGCUCCGCCGGCGGCAGUGAACUCAUGUAUAUAUACCGAGGUGUUAUGUGCAAUACUCCGCGGAUCAAGUGCAAACUUAUUUGACUCGUUCAUUGUCUUGUGUACGGAGAGUGAAUGGCUCAGACACUUAGGCAGCAUUACUGAGGUAACCCGUAGCGUAGCUGAACUAUUUGUACUCUAUUAUGUACCGGUUUGUUUGUAUUAUUUGAUUAACUACCGUUAUGGACUUGUCUAUUGUAGUCUCUUCCUGUUUCUUAUGAUAUAGCUAGCGUAAGUAAGUCUAGUUCACCGACGUGGGACGCUUGUGUACUAAGCUCAACAGUUGCAAUGCUCGGUUCUGCCGCCACUUGGACAUUCAUUUGCAGUAAGGAGUGCCUUUUGCGAGUUGCAAAUACAAAAACUUGGUGAUUCUCUGCGUAUGGACUGACUUUGAUAUGUUUCAAUAUUUUUGUAAUGAAAAUACAUUAAUGAAUAAAUGACUUAAGUGAUUCCCUGUUUAUGAUGCAAUAUUUUAUCUAUGAACUUUUUAAUUUAUAAUGUACUGUAUGAAUUAUUCGUAACUAUUAAUAAUUAAGAGUUGAGCUUAUACUGUUUUAUUGUAAAAUAUUAUGUUCAAUUUAAUUGUGCAAUUAUGAAUUUUUAUUAUAUUUUAAUAUUAAUGAACUUGUGUGAUCACUAUUGCAAUUUCUUUUCUCGUCCCAAUUUGCCAAUAUCUGAAGAAUUUCUAAACGAAUUAUAAGUACAGUGCCAUUCAGAAGCUGUUUGCCAUAGGUAGGUACUCGAAUACUAGUGACUUUUGUAAGAAUUUGCAAUUGUGAAGUAAAUACUGAGUGAUUCAUGAACGUGUAUUAUAAUUUGUUUCUUAGCCAUACACAUCGUCUGAUAGUUACUCGGGAUUUUGUGAUGUUCAUAGUUUUCUCGUAAGUAGACCCUAGUUACGUUGUUGAUAAUAUUGUAUUGAGUGUACGGAGUAGAUCAUUAAGUACAUUUCUACCUAAUUAGUAUGUUAUAGUCACCUCACACGUUGCUGAAGAGAACUCAAAUCUAAAUACGUAAUACACACGAGUUCUCACAGACAUAGUUACUGAUCACCUUAUAUACAUAUACCUAGCCAGCCGGCCGUAAGACGUUGUUGCUCCCAGUUCGCGGGAAUAGGACAUAAGUAAACGUUGAUACUUGCCUCCAGACGUCGCUUUGUAGAAACAAUAAGUCUCGUUAGGAUGUAAUGAUAAUAAACGUCGGCAAAUAGUUCCCGUCUCUUGUACAUUAGGGUUACAUUCACGUUUCAGUUGUAAGACGCUGACUCGAAGCGAUUUGUUUUACUCUUCGUCAAAGGCUUAACGUGUGAGGGAUUCGUAGGUUAUUGUUUGAAACCUCACUAGGUGAUAUAAUUAUGAAUAAGGAUAAUAAAGAAUGAUGAUAGUCUAAAGGAUGGUUUCAGCAAAUAGCACAAUUUAUUAGCUAUAGAAUACAGGACGGUGACAUAAGUUUGUGAUGUGCGCAUCAUUUUGUAUAAUCGUUAAUAAUGUUAUUACGGAAGCAAUAAUACAUCAUUUUCUGUUCGUUCGAACAGUGGUACAUCAGUGUUCAUAAGUUUUAAUUAUUUCGGCUCUAAACAUAUCACGGACGACACAAUAGAUUUAUUUUCCAUUGAAUGAUGAAUUCAUCGCUCGUAUGUUUGUAAUGUUACUUUACUUUUGUUCCAUAAUGUUAUAGGUACGUCAAUAUUAAGAAUAAAAUACAGAAACGAAAUGAAACCUAAUUAUAGCAAAAUAUGGAAAUAUCUUGACCGUUUUGUAAGGUUUCUUAGCGAUGGUAUUCCAACAGGGCAGACAUGCCGCAUUAAUUCUUGACUACAGUAAGACAAUGUUGUUAAACGUAAAAAGAUGAAAUUAUAAUAAAUUUGCGAGAGUAUACAAUAAUAUUUAAUAUUUUAGGUGUAGUGUAAAAUCUGUAAAUAUUAACACUUAAAUGUAUGGAACGAAAGUGAAGCGAACAUGCUGUGUAGCCUUAGAGCAUUCUGUUUAUCACUAUAGUAAAUAAAACCACAACUGUACGUCCAAAUUGUCCAUUUAUGUGUUAAUGUACCUAUUACAAAUUACAAUAAUAUAAUCAUUAGAAUGUAUUUUAGUACACUUGGUGACAAGAUGUUAAGGUAGUCGCCAUGUUGAGUCGCGGCUUCGCGCCCUCUGCGAUAUACAUACUUGAGUUACAAUUUCAAUGACUAUCUAAAAACAACUUAUUUUUACUGUACACGUAAGUUAUUUCAUAUUUUAACUGAAUAAAAUCGAAAUGGUUAUUAUAAA